CGUCUACGGAUACAGGGACACUGCAAGCGAACUCCAUUCUGAAAAAUCUGCAAGUCUUGCAAAUGCAGCUAAAGUCUGAUAUGCCUGAGGUCCUGACAAAAUUAGACACCAUACAAACGACCUUUUCAGCGUUCGAAACGGCCGCGACGAAAACAACUCUGAGUAAUGUACAACCUCAAGAUAAUAUUCCAGCUGAGAAAAAGCUCGCGCAAGAACCAUUGGUCGAUCUAUCUGGCAUACAUGCGAGGCUUGAAGAAUUGGUGGCUCUUGUCAGCUCAUCUAAGGAUAUAUUAGCUGUUGCUAAAAACGAUACUGAUCCAGCGGACAAAGCUGCUGAGAGACCUGUUCAAAAAAAUGAUGAACUGUCUGCUGACAAGUUGCAGGAGAUUUUGGCAUAUCUAAGUGCAGAUGAAGCUCAGCGAAAAAUGCAGCUCGAACAACAAGCCGACAGUGUCCGGUACCUGAAUGAGCUCAAUUCCGUGAAUAGCCCUUUCUUGUGCCCAACUUGUUCUCACUCAUGCUCAAAAUAUGAUUUAAUUAGUGGCUCGAUGCUUUCGUUAACAAUGGCACGUCACAAAUACAAACCAUUUCGAAUACUGUCGAACAGCUUUGUCGAAGGCUAGGUUGUAAUCCGAAUGCUG